AGCAGCACAACCCAACGGGCGCUCCACAGUGGUAUCUUUUUGCGAAGGUGCACGAAAAAUUACCCAGCCAAAGUUCAAGUCUGAGCGGCCUGCUGUGCUCGCUCGUAAGCCAUUCCACAGCGAACUUACUCGCAUCGCCAGGCGCCAAUUCCACAACGAAACUCGCAUCGCCAGACGCCAUAUUGCACAUCUCACAAAAUGCCCAAAUCAACAACAGCGUCGCUGUCCAGCAAGAGACGGCAUAACCCCCUCGAGAAUGACCUACUCGCGACGGGAGUCCUCAAGAACCGAGAGGGGAGACCUUCGAAGAGGGCCGACAGGAAACAGGCCGAGGAGCAGGCCUUUGUCGACGCCAAAUCUUCCCGCAAGAUCUUGGCUUUGAGCCGCGACCUCAUCGACGAGGAGGAUCUUGAAUCCAACGCCAACAACCAGGAUGCAUCCGCGCCAUCAGGUUUCGACUUUGACCCCUCCCGGUUGGAGGGCGGCAGCGACCAGGAGGAGGAGGGAUACGCCAACGAAGAGGCGUGGGGUGAUGAGGAGGAAAUUGUCGAGGAAGUCGAGGUCGAUGCAGCCGAUCUCGACACGUUCAAUCGGUUCAUCACGCCAACAAUGAACGACGACCCUCUUCUCACACACGGCUGGGACCGGACGCCAGGCGACGGAGCGGAAGAGCAGGGGGCGGGGACGAACCUGGCGGAUUUGAUCCUGGCCAAGAUUGCCGAGAAGGAAGCGAUGCAGGGCGGGCAGCAGCAGGACUUCCACCCGAUUGAGGAGGACUACGAGAUGCCGCCCAAGGUUGUCGAGGUCUUUACCAAGAUCGGGCUCAUUCUCGCUCGUUACAAGUCCGGGCCCUUGCCGAAACCGUUCAAGAUCCUGCCACAAAUUCCCCACUGGGAAGACAUUCUUCAAAUCACGCGCCCAGAGAAAUGGACCCCGAAUGCGUGCUUUGCCGCGACGAGGAUCUUCGUAUCAGCGAAACCGCUGGUCGUUCAACGGUUUAUGGAGAUGGUCGUCUUGGAGCGCGUCCGCGAGGACAUUUACGAGAACAAGAAGCUCAACGUUCAUCUCUUCAACUGCCUCAAGCGGGGCCUCUACAAGCCUGCGGGCUUCUUCAAGGGUUUCCUGUUUCCGUUGGCCGCAUCUGGCACCUGCACAUUACGCGAGGCACAGAUCAUCUCUGCUGUGUUGGCUCGCGUGUCGAUUCCAGUCCUCCACUCGGCAGCGGCCAUCAAGACACUGUGCGACAUCGCCGCAGAGCAAGCCUCUCAGCAAUCCGAGUGUGUCAGCGCGACCAACUUCAUGCUCAAGGUUCUUCUAGAAAAGAAAUAUGCCUUGCCAUGGCAAUGCGUGGACUCCCUCGUCUUCCACUUCCUCCGGUACGCUGCGGCGGCUAGAGAUGGAGAUGGGCCCAGGUCGCUGCCUGUCAUUUUCCACCAGUGCAUGCUCGUGUUUGCGCAACGAUAUCGCAAUGAUAUCACCGAAGACCAACGCGAGGCCCUCUUGGACCUUCUUUUGAGCCAUGGUCAUGACAAGAUUGCCCCCGAAAUCAGGAGGGAGUUGCUCGCUGGGCGAGGGCGAGGUGUCGCAGUUGAGCAAGCUGGGCCAGCAUUUGAUGGCGAUGACACGAUGCUCAUUGACUCAUGAGAUUACGUAUUGGGUGUACUACCUGCUUCGUGAUUUGCGACCAAAUGAAGCCCCGCCUGGUUUCACCAGCAGCUCCUGAGCACCCAUCAGCCGGUCCCAACACCCCUACCAUGCGAGGCCUCGCGUGCUACCACCGAAAAUUAUUCGGCGCCGGCCUACAUAGUGCGG